GAUAUCAAUCUGCUGCUAGAUUGACAGACGUUGCUAGAUCGACGGACGUGAAACGCCGGUUGAUCCGCUGGGAUGGCCUUGGCGCGUCAGUAUCGUGCCAGCAGAUCGUAGGCCGGGGUUCGCCGUCGUCCGUUGUUGCUGUCGUGAUUAUUAUAUUUUGAAGACUAUGCCAAUGAAGUGCAAAACGGACUGCGGGAAAAAUGCGAUCCUUAAGUGUUUGGACCAAGUGCCAGGUCCAAAACGGCUUGGACGGUGAUUGGUGCCCUCACGGGACGCGAGCCUGGAGAGACUCCCGUUUGUGUUGCCGGUGUGCGAUCCGGAUGUGAGUGCUCUGCUCGGAGCGACCCCAUACCCGAAUCGACCCAAGACGGGCGACGCGCUCUGUCGCCAAUGCUUCUUCUGGGCGUUCGAGACAGAGGUGCAUAACACGGUGACAGCGGCCGGCCUGUUCAAGCGCGGGCAGUACGUGGCCGUAGCGGCCAGCGGCGGCAAGGAUUCCACUGUGCUGGCUCACGUGAUGAAGGAGCUGAACGAGAGGUACGACUACGGUCUUCGGCUGGUGCUGCUCAGCAUCGAUGAGGGCAUCACCGGCUACCGGGACGACAGCCUGGAGACGGUGAAGCGGAACCGAGACCAGUACGGCCUGCCGCUCACCGUCCUUUCCUACCACGACCUGUACGGCUGGACCAUGGACGACAUCGUCCGUCAGGUGGGUCUACGAAACAACUGCACGUUCUGCGGCGUGUUCCGACGCCAGGCGCUUGACCGUGGCGCGGCGCUGCUCGGCGUCGACCAGAUCGUCACCGGCCACAACGCCGACGACAUCGCCGAGACCGUCAUCAUGAACGUGCUGCGCGGCGACAUAGCGCGCCUGCAGCGCUGCACCGCCAUCUGCACGGGUACCGAGGGCUCCAUUCCUCGCUCCAAGCCAUUCAAGUACACGUAUGAGAAGGAGAUCGUCAUGUACGCCUACUUCAAAAAGCUAGACUACUUCUCCACAGAGUGCAUCUAUUCUCCAAACGCGUACAGGGGGCACGCGCGAGCCUUCCUGAAAGACCUGGAGGCGAUCCGGGCGACAUCUAUCAUCGACAUCAUUCACUCGGGCGAGAGCCUGGCGGUGCGGGACGCCGCGCGGCUGCCCGCCCAGGGCACGUGCACACGCUGCGGCUACAUCUCCUCCCAGGCCGUCUGCAAGGCCUGUGUGCUGCUGGAGGGCCUCAACCAGGGUCAGCCACGGCUGGGCAUCGGGAAGUGCAGUAAAGUGCGCGAGCGUCUCCAGCAGGCAAGGAGGGAAGUCGGCCCGGGAGACGCACUGAAGGCCGGCGAGACGCUGCCGCCUGCAGCCGGUGUACGGCGCUCCGGAGACGCGGACGGCGGCCAAACGGCCGGGCCGUGGCCGCCUUCGGAAACGAGCCGGGCGGACAGGCCCCACAACACUGCGACCGGCGCAGCUCGCUGCUGUGGGGGUGCAGGCGCUUGUAUCGCCGACGGUGCCUGUGCUCGUGACAUACCGUGAUGUGGUG